AUGGCGCGAGCGGCCGGGCUCUUGAUCUUGUUUGGCAUCGUCUGCCUUGCACGUGAUGCUAGCUUCAUCCAUGGGGGCUUCGGCCCAAGCCGAAGCCGCACUCUGUCCCGCCUUCGCCGGGUUCCGCUGCGUGCGGAGAAGCUUGAGGUCGGGGCGGUCUUGUCAGCGACCGUGAAGACGCUGGGCAAGUUCGGGGCCACGUUGGAUCUGCCUGGGGGGAAACCCGGCUGGAUUCAUGUCAGCCAGCUGGGUGAUGGCUACGUUGACACGGUGGAGGAUGUGUUGAGUGCCGGGCAGCAGAUCGACGUCAGGAUCAAGAAAGUGAAGCCACAUGAGGUGGAGGUGACAAUGAGAUCCCUGCCACAGUUUGAGCAGCGCCCGCUCUCCGACUACCAGGAGGGCGAGGUGCUUGAGGUCAAAGUGAUCCGCACCAGCGAAAAUGCGGUCUUUGUGGACACCGGCAUAGACGUGCGCAAGCUCAAUAGUGAAUCGCCUGAAAGCUACUCAGAGGGUCAGAUCGUCAAGGUAAAGAUCAAAACGAUCGAAACAUCAUCGCAGACUAAGAUCACACUGUCUCUGGCAUAG